UAAUCGGUUUUCAGAAGAACAAAACAAAACAGCAAAACACCCAAAAGUGUUGAAAACGAAAAUUAUGGCGUCGUCCAGCCAAAGCAGGCCAGUUUCGGCCGGCGAAAGUGGAGUUUCGUUCGACUCGUUUUAUACCGAAGUAAAGGCGAUCGAAAAACGAGACUCCGUUUUGACCUCAGCGCAACAAAUCGAGCGCCUCAUGCGACCCGGCUCAAGCUAUUUCAACUUGAAUCCGUUUGAGGUCUUGCAGGUGGACCCUGAGACUUCGCUGGACGACAUCAAGAAAAAGUACAAGCGGCUGUCCAUCCUGGUGCAUCCAGACAAGAACCAGGAUGAUGCCGAGCGAGCUCAGGAGGCUUUUGAAGUCGUCAACCGAUCGUGGAAGAUCCUUGAAAACGAGUUGUCUAGGGCCAGGUGCAUGGAGAUUGUUGAAGAGGCCAAAGGACGGACAGAUUUAGCCCUUGAAGAAAGAAGAAAAAAGGAGAAAAAAGACGGAAAGGAAUUCGUUGAGCCGAGUCCAGAGGAGUACAAGCGCCAGGUGUACGUCCUGACGAUGAAGCUCUUUGCAGACAUGGAGCGUAAAAGACGAGACCUAGAUAAGCGCGAUAUGGAGGAGCGAAAAAGAAAACGAGAGCAGGAAAUCGAGGCUGAGGAAAAGGCCAAGACGGACAAGGAGUGGCAGCAAAACUUUGAAGAGUCUCGACAGAACCGAGUGGAGAGUUGGAAAACCUUCCAGGCUGGUGGCAAGAAGAAGAAGUCCUCGUCAGAACCCAAGAAAAUGAAGUUGUUCAAGCCUCCGAAGCACAAAGCCGAAUCGAGAUAAAAAUAACUCAACGUGCAAUUUGCGAUCGAAUGUGCCCAAAUUUGUGUCCCAGUGUGUCGUUGGUAAAAAUUAAUGUGAAAAAGUUGCUUUGCAUCUCCUCUGAAUCAAGAUUUGCAUAGUUUUUUUCUCAUUGAAGAAUUUAAAUUAUUUUGAUGCAGAAAUUAAUAAUAUAAUAAUACAGCUAAUCCAGGAAAGAAAUUUUUAACACUGCCGAGAAUUUUGUAUCUUUAUCAACACAGAGUGGCUUGGCUUGAGAAAGGUGCCAAGAAGGUGAUUAAUGUAAAUAUUUAUUUUGUUAAAAAUUAAGGUCCAAAUUAUUGCUUAUACAAAUAAAUUUAAAUUAAAUGUAAUCCACUGGAUUUUUUAAUCAUACAUAUUGUCAACAAUUUUAAAUAUUUCUUGGACUGCUGUUACUUUUGACAAUUAUUUUUUUUAAUGCACUUUUUCCGGUGUUUUUUAUAUUUAUUUUUUAUUGCUUCUUCUCUUCUUCUUGAGUCCCUGCCAAGAGGUGCGGAUUUCCGUGGGUUGGUAGCGUACGAAGACGAAGACAUGCAGCAUGCAAAGUUCAUCACCCUCUUCAUCUCGCAAGCACAUUAUC